GAAAGUGUCUGUCGUUUGCAUGGCCGCAUGGCACAGGGAGCAACAUUGCAGCUUUCUGUGCAUGCUCUCUGUACACCGAUAAUUUUUCGACUAUUUUCGACUAUUUGUGCUCUUAUUCCCGUCGCUCGUUUUUUUGAAUGAAGGACGGAGGAGCAACGCCGUUACAGCGGAGUAAACUUUGCAAGGAGAGAAUAAACGGAGAGCACCACUUUGGUUGAUAUCUAGCUACUUCGCUCCUCAAAAAUGACUCGAAAACUGGCACACAUCGUGACGGGAAUCAAAGACGUUGACCUUGUAAUUGAAGCCAAAACGAAGGGAUGGCAAAUGCUUCUUGACAUUGCACUUGCAGUAGGGAUGCAACAGACUUUUCACACCCUCUGGUUUGGAAUCCAGUACGUAAACAAGAAAGGUCACCGAAAAUGGAUUAAGGAUAAUCGCUACGUACUGGAUCACCGUCUGGACACGAGGAAAAAGCCUUUGCAGUUUACCCUGAGAGUCAAGGUUUUUCCAAAGAAUUUCUCCGUGAUUGAUGAUGAUAUUGCGCAGGUCCUAAUAUAUAAGCAGCUACGAGAGCACAUUGAGCAAGAAGAACUAAACUGUCUGCCGGAUAAGUUCCAGGAUCUUGCCAAAUUGGCUGAGGAGGAUAAAAUUCAAGAAUACAUGAAGACAGUUCAAGGUCUGGAGCAAUAUGGGAAAAAGUAUUUUAAAUUGAUCUCGGAAAACGGCGCUCGUGUUGACAUCACUUUAAGUCACUCGGGAAUCGCGGCGAGCUGCAGAAACGAGAGCUUCACAAUCCCCAUCAAAGAGAUCCAAGACGUGAAAGCCAACAAGAGAACGGUCUGCAUCACCAAAGAAGGGCGGGCGUCGAAACCGUUAAAAUACAAGAGCGAAACACCUAGGUACUGCAAAGAGGCUGUUGAGGCGGUAAUGAGCUAUUUGGAGGUGUUCAGACAGACGGGUAAUGGUGACGGGGAGUCUGAUUCGAAGGAGGGUGAGGUGGUGUGUUCCCCUGAUGGUGAGGCGAUGGUGAAGGAGAACUCACCUCAGGGUCAGGAGGGAGUGGAUGUAUCAUUGAAAGACGACAGUAAACCAUCAGAUAACCCCGUGGGUGACGCUGAAAGGGAGAAAGAAAAAUAAGACAGUAGCAUUGAAAACGAGAUGAUGGUAAAUAAGCUUGUUACACAGAAUAUAAGAAACCAUUAUGCUGAUUCGAAAUGCUAUAAUUAUAUGACUAAAAGACUUAAGGAGCAUAAUACGAGGCUAAAAAGAUAGUGAACUGAACACAACGGAAGUUACCACGGCAGUAAAGAAGAAUAUGAAUGAAGAUCAUGCGGCUUAAAAAAAGAAAAGAAAAAAGAAAAUCAACUUCUUUUUAAUGGUUUAUUAUCACUGUUGGAAAAAUAACUAUAUGUCGGUCAAAUAAUUAUCUGGUCCUUUGUUAGGAAAAUUAUUAUUAAGAGAUUGUCGCACAACAGAAUCAUUUAAAUACUCAUUUAUAAGAUUCAUUUAAUAUAGUGGUUAAAAUAAUCGGCUCUAGACUAAAUUAAUGUACAUGUUAAGCGUUAUUGUAAAUAAAAAGAAAGACUAUUAACAAGUGUA